AAAUUGCUUUUCGUGGAUCAAACAAUUAUGGAAAUGUAAUGAACAUAAAUGAUUUUAAUGACGGAAAUUUUAGAGCUCUUUUACGGUUUCGUGUAGAUUCAGGUGACACUAUGCUAGGAGAACAUUUGAAAAAUGGUCCAAGAAAUUCUUUAUAUACUAGUCCUGGUAUUCAAAAUGACAUAAUUUCUAUUUGUGGUGAAAUAAUCAAGUCAAAAAUUGUCCAAAUAGUAAAUGCUGCCGAGUGCUUUUCUGUGUUAGCGGACGAAACUACAGAUAUUGGAAGAAUUGAACAAAUGUCUGUAUGUUUGCGUUAUUAUGACCAAAAAGAUAAAAAAAUUCGAGAAGAUUUUUUAGAAUUUACACCGGCUGUUGAUCGUAGUGGAAAAGGACUAGCAACUUUGAUAAUGGGGUGUUUACAGAAGAACAGUAUACAUUGUCAAUUUUUAGUUGGACAAGGUUACGAUGGAGCCUCUGCCAUGAGUGGAUAUUUACAUGGUGCUCAAGAAUACAUAAAAAAAGAUUUUCCCCAGGCACUUUAUGUACAUUCCAGUGCUCACUGGCUAAAUCUGGCGUUGGCCAACGCUUGUUCAUUGCCCUCAAUAAGAAACUGUAUUAGCACCAUUCAAACUGUUGGAACAUUUUUUCGCUCAUCGGCUCAAAGAAGUGAAUUAUUGAGAACAACUAUUAUCGAAACUCUUUCAGAGACAAGGCAUACCACAUUAGUUGCAUUAUGUGAAACUCGUUGGGUUUAUAAGCAUGAAAGUGUCAUGCGGUUCAAAGAACUAUAUCCCGCUAUUAUUGUUGCAUUGGAAAAAUUGGAGUCAUCAAUAAAUAAAGAAACUGCUCAAAAGUCUUGUCAGUUAUUAAGUACAAUUAAAGACGCUAAAUUUGUUAUACCUCUCGUAAUAAUUGAAAAUAUUUUUUCGUAUACAUUGACAUUGUGUAAACAGCUACAGACAAUUAAUGCUGAUUUAGUCGAAGCAUGCAAUCAUGUUGAUGAUGUGUUAGCCGUAUUAGACGAAAUGAGAGAAAAUAACAAACAACAUUUUUCAGACCUGUUUUCUGUUGUUGCCAUCAUGUUGAAUAAAAAUAAAGAAGACAUUGUUUUGCCUCGUAUCGCUAAUAAACAAACACACCGUAGUAAUGUGCCCUCUCAUAGCUCUGAAGAGUAUUACAAUUUUAAUAUUUUUUUGCCAUUUCUCGACUAUAUCAGAUCACAGCUUUGUGAUAGAUUUCAGAAACACAAAUCUUUAAUAAGUUCAUUACAACAAAUCAUUCCAAGUAAAUGUAUAAUCGCUACCAAUGAAGAAAUAAACGACUGUGUAAACUUUUAUUCUCAGAUAUUGAUUGAGCCUAAUGCUUUCAAAGCUGAAUUUGCAAUAUGGAAGACAAAGUGGCUAAAAGAAGGAUCUCGCCCAAAAACAGCAAUUGCAGGAAUUGACAAUUGUAACCCUCUUUUAUUUCCUAACAUAAGGAAACUUCUACAAGUCUUAGUUACUAUGCCUAUGUCAACAGCGACACCAGAAAGAACAUUUUCAUCUUUAAAAAGAUUGAAAACGUAUCUCAGAAAUUCGACUGGUGAAACACGCCUCAAUGGAUUGGCUUUAAUGUCAGUUCACCGGGACAUCAAUGUUGAUCCAGAAGAGGUACUUACUCAGUUUUCAAAAUCAUCAAGAAAAAUAAUGUUACUUUAA